AUGGCAUCAAAGGCAGCAAGCAAGCGGCUCACAAAGGAGUACAAGAUGAUCCAGAAGUCGCCGCCCGAGUUCAUCACAGCGAAGCCGCUGGAGAAGAACGUCCUCGAAUGGCACUACAUCAUCAGCGGUCCACCGGACACGCCCUUCGAGGGCGGCGAGUACCACGGCCGCCUGAUCUUCCCAAAAGAGUAUCCGUUUGCGCCGCCGGCGAUCCAGAUGAUCACGCCCAACGGCCGGUUCCAGGUCAACAUGGAUAUCUGCACGUCCUACUCGAACUACCACAAGAACACCUGGAACCCCGCAUGGUCCGUUGCCACCAUCAUCACCGGCCUGCUGUCGCUGAUGACUGAUGACGAGAAAACUACCGGAGCCAUCGAGACGACCGAUGCCGAGAAGCGCAUAUUUGCCAAAAACUCGCGAGAGUUUAAUCGCCAGAACCCGCGCUUCAAGAACGCAUUUGGCGACAUGUAG